AUGUGCAGUAUUAGCAUCUGCACCCGAAAAUAUCAAAUAAUUUCAAAACAGGAACCGGAAGAGAAUGCAUCGGUGCUCUUUCUUGUACGAAUUACUGGCAAGGAUAAUCAUAAUAUUAACACUGAAAUAUCUGCACGUCAACUUCGUGGUAAAAGUCGCAUCCUUGUCGGAAAGCAAGAGAACGAAAUCGGUCCGCUGGGAGUUUUUCCUGAACACGUCAAUGCUAAUGAGAGUUUGCUCGCUGCGGGCAACUACACAGAAUGUGAAAUAAUUGAAACUCUCAAGAAAGCCGCAUAUGAUUAUAGAAAAAAGAUGCAUGUUGAUGAAGACAUUUUCAAAGAAUGUCGAAUUAUCGCUCGUGCGUAUCUUGCGGCGGAUGUGACAUCCACUAGUGUUAAAGGAUACGUUCACGUCGUUGAUGAAACGCCGAUUCGUGUGCAUCUGUUUUCAGAAUCCCAAAUCGAACGAUAUAUCAGUAUUUUAUUAAAAUGGGGUGAAGAAGAAGAUUACAAACACAGAUUAGCACAACGUAAAUUGAUGUUAACUAUACGACACUUCUGUACCAACUGA